UGAUAAUCUCGGCGUAGUGAACAUCAUCAAGAAAAUUUUUUGACGAUGCUUCUCUCUGUAUUCCUCGCUUUUUGUCUCAGUGGCUUUGCAGCGUCAAGUCAAAUUAAUGAAAUCCAAACUGCAGUGUCCUUAGAACCAGGUUUGGCUGGAAAUAACCUCUGUGGCUGCAGCAAAGAACCUGUUCCCCAAUGUGGCUGCUGUGAUGAAUUUGAAUUUGACGGAAAAGACCACAAAGUCUGUAUGAACAUGACGUAUGUAAAAGAAGAAAAAGGAUUACGAUUUACCGUGGUUUUUGAUGGAAAGGUGGUGUUUAACCAAACGCUCUCAGCCAAACACCCGCCUCCUUUUUGCCAGGGUACUUGCCCGCUGGCGUGUAUUUGUGAAAAUUACUACAAUUUGUCUUACGGCGAUGACAACAAGUGGGGUGGGUGCCUGGAGAUCUAUGGCGACCUCGUGAUACGGGUCCUUGAUAUCAAGUUUGGCUGCUUUUAUUUGCCGGUGCCCCAUACUGAACAGGAGACAAUUGUGAAGCCGAUCGAGGACAAGCUUAAUCAAUCAGUGCUUUUCAACGAUAUGCAGCAGUGGCUCCGUAACACGCUUGCCAAGAAAAUGCGUGAUCGCCGGCUCAAGAAAAAGAACCCACUAAAUUUCCUUUACAAAAACCGCGUGGAAGAAGACAACGAAAAAUAGUCAAAGUUUCUGUUUGUAUCACUGGCUAAAACGUGGCUAAAAAUAUACGAUUUAGUGUUGAAUGUGAUUAUAUAUGACAAGCUUGUCAGUAAAAGUUAAAUUAAAGUAGCUCGCUGAUAGUGAAAACCAGACUUGUCGAAGUAAAUCUUAAAGAACAUCAUAUAGUUGAAAUUCUUUUUCAUUAGUGUUAUCAACUGCUUUAUAUGGAGGAAUGUGAUUCCGAGGGUUCCAUGUAGUAAAAAAACGAUACAUUUUGGAGUCUAAUAAUCAGAAUUUUAUGAUUAAAGAUCAUUUUGGUAAUUUGAGACAAAGUCAUGUGAUAAGUUUUUGAAAUCACUUUUGUAUUUGAAAGUACACAGUGCAGGCAAUGUCGGAGUGGUACGCAUCAGGAUUUGAACUCAAUGUAAUCUCGCCAUAGACGCUUGCUAAAGGUUAUAAAAUAAAAUCAUUAAAGUUGC